AUGUUUGCACUGUUUUUUUCACUAAUAUCAGCUGCAACAGAAGUUGACCCAUGCGUUGCAUAUAAUUCUUCUUGCCUCCUCUGCAUGGAACAUAAAGACGAAUGCUUUUACUGCUUUGGAAAAACUGAAAAUGAAAAUAGAUGCGUUAGAAAUGUCGCGUUAAAUGAAACUACAUGCGAACAUGUUACUCGUCAGACAGACAGACAAUGCAUUGAGACCCUUGGUGGUGAUGCCAUUCAAACAAACAGAUAUAUCAUUGGAUCAGUUGUUAUUGGUGUUGCAAUCAUUGUUGAUCUUAUUGUUAGACUUUGCACAAAGCCAAAAGUACACGAUGAGUAUGCUCAUCUUUAA